AUGACUCGUCAUGAAUAUAAAGCUAAGAAGGGUGAACGUUAUCCGAUUUCCAAACCGCAAGAUUCCGAUAUAUUAGCUGGUGAUGGAUCGUUCAUAUCAGAAACACAAUCUUCUGUUGUAUACGCACGGAAAGGAGCUGCUGACCGUUAUGACAUCAAGCGUCCCGGCGAAUCCGAAAUCUGGAAGGUGGAUUUUUAUUUCACCUGGAGACCUGUGAUGCAAGAAGGUAAAAUGGACAAGAAGCCUGUUUCACAUCAAGAUUUUGUCGGUAGGAAAGCGGAACGCUCUCUGGUGUAUAAACCGCAGGAAUCCGAUAUUUUAUAUGGCGACGGCUCGUUUAUAUCAGAAACGCAAAAUAGCACUGAUUAUGUGAUGAAGACAGGCGAGCGAUACAGUACUAUUCGACCAGCUGAAUCGGAUGUAUGGAAGCAUGAAGGGAGCAUCGAAAGUGAAACUGUAUCGCACCAAGAUUUCCGUGGCCAAAAAGGUGAUCGUUAUCCGACAAAGAAACCGAAAGACUCGGAUGUUCUUCGUGGUGAUGGUUCUUUCAUAGGAGAAACUCAUGCCAGCACUGAAUAUAUUCCAAAAACAGGCGAACGCUACCACACUGUUCGGCCUGGAGAAUCGGAUAUUUGGAAGAAAGAAGGUCGACUAAAAAGUGACACUGUAUCUCAUGAAGACUUCACUGAAAAGGCAGGCGAACGGUAUCCGACGGUGAAGCCGCGCGAUUCUAAUAUACUUAGUGGUGAUGGUUCGUUCACGGCUCAGUCGCAAAGUGGCAGUGAAUUUACAGCUGGCGAACGUUCUGAGGUCACCCUGCCAGACGAAUCAGAUAUUUGGAAGGUUCGUGAUUUAUUAAGCGAACAAAUAAUUGGUCUGGUUCUUGGAUAA